ACAUUCUACACACACACACACACACAAACAUACACAGACACACGCACACCCGGGCCGCGCACUCGUCCCGCGGCAAGAGUGCGCCCCGCGCAGCCACCCGACGAGGGCGGCAGCACACGCUCGCAGGCCCCUCCGACCCGGCGCGCUGAGGUAGCGGCCGCCGCGGCAGCAGCUCGACCCGCGCUCUCCGGCGCUCGGCGGCGGCCGGGACUCCCUCGGCAGCACCCCUGCCUGCGAACAGCCACCCCGGCCCCUGCCGGGACUAGAGAGGGCGUGGGGCCGUCACCUCGCGCGCUCCGGAGCCCCCUGCUACCCCUAUGAGAGACGGAGAAGCCGGGCGGAGGCGCAGGACGCUCGGCAGCCGGACGCCUCCUCAAGCCCCGCGCGCCCUCUCCUCCCGCGCCCCCUGCACGGCUGAGGAGCAAAAUGCAACCGCCGCGCUUCGGCUGAAAGGCGACGGGGCCCGCGCGACCCGCUCGCCCGGAAUCCCGUGCCCGCGGCGGCUGCGCGCCCCGGCCGCGGCCCCUCAGGAGGGAGAGUGAGCAGCGGCCGCGGGAAAGAGAAGCGGCCGGCGCGGACUGGGCCAGGGCCCGGGAGGAGGCGCGGGGCAGAGGGAGGGCGCGGGGGGCGGGGCGGGGGCGCCGGCGGAGAAAGAUGGCAAUGUCUCUCAUCCAAGCGUGCCGCAGUCUGGCUCUCUCAACAUGGCUGCUUUCCUUUUGUUUCGUGCAUCUACUCUGUCUGGACUUCACCGUGGCCGAGAAGGAGGAAUGGUACACCGCCUUCGUGAACAUCACCUACGCCGAGCCCGCGCCGGACCCGGGGGCCGGGGCUGCGGGCGGCGGCGGCGGCGGCAGUGGCGGCGGCGCCGGCUCGGAGCUGCACACGGAGAAGACUGAGUGCGGGCGCUACGGAGAGCACUCCCCCAAACAGGACGCCCGCGGGGAGGUGGUCAUGGCCAGCUCGGCCCACGACCGCCUGGCCUGUGACCCCAACACCAAGUUCGCCGCUCCGACGCACGGCAAGAACUGGAUAGCCCUCAUCCCCAAGGGCAACUGCACCUACAGGGACAAGAUCCGCAACGCGUUCCUGCAGAACGCCUCCGCCGUGGUCAUCUUCAACGCGGGCUCCAACACCAACGAGACCAUCACCAUGCCCCACGCAGGUGUAGAAGACAUAGUGGCCAUAAUGAUUCCUGAACCCAAAGGAAAGGAGAUCGUGAGCCUGCUGGAGAGAAACAUCACCGUGACAAUGUCCAUCACCAUUGGGACCCGGAACCUGCAGAAAUACGUGAGCCGCACCUCGGUUGUGUUCGUCUCCAUCUCCUUCAUUGUCCUGAUGAUCAUUUCCCUCGCAUGGCUGGUCUUUUAUUAUAUCCAGAGGUUUCGAUAUGCAAAUGCCAGGGACAGGAACCAGCGUCGACUGGGAGAUGCAGCAAAGAAAGCCAUCAGUAAGCUCCAGAUCAGGACCAUCAAGAAGGGUGACAAGGAAACAGAGCCUGAUUUUGACAACUGUGCAGUUUGUAUUGAAGGCUAUAAGCCCAAUGACGUGGUCAGGAUCCUGCCCUGCCGGCAUCUUUUCCACAAGUCCUGUGUUGAUCCCUGGCUUCUAGACCAUCGCACCUGUCCCAUGUGCAAGAUGAACAUUCUUAAAGCCCUAGGGAUCCCGCCCAAUGCUGACUGCAUGGACGACUUGCCCACGGACUUCGAGGGCUCUCUGGGAGGUCCACCAACCAACCAGAUCACAGGCGCAAGCGACACAACGGUGAAUGAAAGUUCAGUCACUUUGGACCCUGCUGUCCGGACUGUGGGAGCCUUGCAGGUGGUUCAGGAUGCAGACCCCACCCCCCAGGAUGGAGAAGUCAUCUUUACUACCAACAGUGAGCAGGAGCCGGCUAUCAGCAGUGACUCUGACAUCUCAUUGAUCAUGGCCAUGGAGGUUGGACUGUCCGAUGUAGAACUUUCCACCGACCAAGACUGCGAAGAGGUGAAAUCUUGAAAUGGCAAUCGUGGAGGACGCAGAGAGAAGGGCCCAAGCGGAGGGCACGGAGGAGUGCCCGAGACUUACAUCAGGAACACACACCUCCAAGCACCUCGGCAACCCCAGGGCGCUUCCUUCAAGGAUGGUAACGAGAAGCAAUAUCCAAAGUCGCGGUGACCAGGAUGCGUGUCUCCAUCUCUCCGACGGUCCACGGCCUGGGCAGCUUGGAACUUGAAGGCUGACUUCCCCUCAUUUCCUUGUAGACAUACACUUCCGAAGCUCCUGAAACACGGACCGAAAGGACACCAUUGGGGUUUCUUUGUUUCCUUCCAGCUUUUUGCGGGUCUUAUCAUCCUUGUGUUAGGAGUACAUGGUGUUUGAUUUCCUCUGGCAAUUUCUUUUUGAAGACUGUGUGCGGUGUCCGUCUGCUCCUGCCUUUUCCCUUUGAUUCGCUCCACCUUUGUGUGGAGUUCUGUUGAGAAGCACCAGCUCCUGCUAGGAUCUGUGUGUGUCCUUGUCUGAGAUUUGUGGUGUUGACCUUUCAGCAUGACAUGCGCAUGGCUUUGAGAAGUGCCUCAGCACCCCGAAACAGCCUAAGGACAGCUUUAGUUAAGAAUCUAAAUUCCUGUAAGAGGGUCUUGAAGAUCCUAGCUGCCAGAGACCCCAACACUAAGCUCCAAACCCACUGAGGUCACCCAUCACUGUUUCAUGCCACAUCGCACUGGCUUUUCCUUGCCAUGUUCUGCUAAGGGCCCGCAUGACAUGAGAAGGGAGCUCUCAGUCCUUCUGGGUCUUUAGGUCUUUGGCUGCAGUUUGAAUUCAGAAGUCCCCUCCAAGAUAUUAAAAAUCAGUCUUUGGAGGGUGGGGCUCCUAUCUCAGACUGAAAGUCUCCUUUGAAAACCAGAUGUCCCAUGUUCCUCCCAUAGAAAGCAAAAUGCCUAUAGCUCUGGUGUCCCCAGGGCUUUACCAGUUUCUGUUGCCUCUGUAAGAGGGUUGUGCAGGCCAUGGAGACGUUAGAUGAGAUGCAAUCAUGUUCGAGCCCAGGGGCAAACAAAGUAGUGGGUGCAGGAGCACUUCAAUUUUUACCUUAAUUCCCACACAGUGCUGUGGCACCUCAGCAGAUCAUGUGGAAGAAUUCAGCUGAGUCUGGAGCUGAUGGCUUCCUCUGGCUCCAGAAGAGGGUGCAGAUACCUAGUGAUGCAUGGAGUGAGUGAAUCAAUCAUUUGAACCAAAAAGUACAGCAUGGGACUUUACUAAACCAGGUUUAUCCUAACUGAGAGAGACAGAGAGACAAAGUAGGAGUGGGGCAGGAAAAGAUGUGACAAAUGACUCCUGAAACCCACUGGUAUUUUUAAACCAUUUAUGUUUUGUAUUCUGUUUUUGUAACUAUGACAGAAAUGUGCUAUUUUUUCAGCGGGCAAUUUUGUAAUACAUUCAGACUCGCGGGCACAGAGAUGACUCAGGUGGUGACGAGUGUCUCUGGACAAUGCGAUGGCUCACCUUACCAUCUCUAGGUAGUUGGUAAAGGCCAGCAGCUGCCUGGAUCAACUACAAGAGAGAGCUGUUCUCACCACACUGUAUUCACAUAUUUGAUGAGGGCUUUUCCACCUCAGCACACUGAUGCCCAUGCACACGCAGAGCUUGGUUCUGCUGCAAACCCUGGCUGUCUGCCGAGGCAUGGACGGCAAGGAGCCAUCCCUUUCUCCACACCUUCAGUGACUUCCUCCUGGUGGUUUGUAAGUAGGCAGUGAGGCAGGAAAGCCAGUGGCCACCUCUAGCAAGGCUGCUUCUCUCCAGAAGUCCAACACUUCCUGUGCUGAAGUUUCUAUGUGUGGCAAAGAAAAAAAAAGCAGCAAAGAAUGGAGAGUUCUGAACCUGGAGGCAGGAGUCCUGGAUGAGCCAGGCCCUUCCUUGAAAAGCCUCUGCACCUCCACCCGCACAGUGAGGAGUCAACAAGAUGCUUCCCAGAGCUGCUUCUGGCUUAAGAUCAUUGGUGAGCCUUCUGCCUGGGGAUUUUCCUUGCAUAACAGCUGUGCCAUGCAGCAAGCAGGCUUCCUAGCUUGGGGAGGUCGAGUUACUCGACAAGGAACAGAUGAGAACAGGCUCUGAGACUGGGCACUCCUCUGUUGCUCAGAAUUAAGAUCUAAAUAAUUGAUGUUUUAAGCCCAAAUAGGAGUUGGUUUGUUUGCCUUGUUUUACGAAUGCUGAUAGUCACAGCAUUUGCAACCCUCAAAGCCAAGUUCUCAAAGGGGUUUCUUCUUUUUUUAAGAUUUAUUUAUUUGCUUGAAAGGCAGAGUUACAUACAGAGAGAGGGAGAGACAGAGAGAGAUCCUCCAUCCGCUGGUUCACUCCCCAAAUGGCCGCAAUGGCCAGAGCUGGGCUGAUCUGAAGCCAGGAGCCAGGAGCUUCUUCAGGGUCUCCCAUGUGAGUGCAGGAGCCCAAGCACUUGGGCCAUCUUCCACUGCUUUCCCAGGCCAUUAACAGGGAGCUGGAUCAGAAAUGGAGCAGCCAGGACUUGAACCAGCACUCAUAUGGGAUGCCAACGCCACAGGCAAAGGCUUAACCUACUAUACCACAGUGCUGGCCCCUCAAAGUGUUUUGUUUUAUCUUAGUCAGCUUAGGCCUAUACCACCUAAUCCUCAUUCAGUCAGCUUUGCCACAAAUGUUGGUAUGACCUCCAGUCCUUGGAUUCUAGAGUCGUCUGACUAAUGAGUGCUUGCUCUUCCAGCCAAGGGCCAGGUAAGCCAGGGGUUGAUUGCACAUGGAGGUCUUGGCCACAUCCUCACCUAUAGGGUCCUGUGUCAGCAAUGAGGAGUCCUUGAGACCCAUUUUUGGCCUGUGCAUCUGACCCCAAGUCAGUCCAGCUGCAAACACCCAAGCCUAGGAGACUCCCCACUUGCCGAAGGUCUGUUGCUGGGAAGGUUCCCUAUGGCUUUGUAGUUAAAAAAAUAAAAAAGAAUAGAGAAGCAGCCCUUCUCCACAGCCUUGCUCACCAACUACCCCAGAGGAAAGAUUCUGACCUGGGGACUCAGUGGUCCACAGGGGGGUGUCAAAGGGUGUGUGAAUCCUCAGAAGUCAAUGCAAACUCUGUUUUUGUAGAUGUGCAGUUUUCUGCAGCAAAAGUGUAGACCAUCACUACUCACCAGAAAUAGAAUGCACAACACACAUCUCACUAGCCACAUUGUAAA